AUGGAUUACCCAUCAUGGAUAUCGGAAAGUAUAAUUGAUGUAUAUCAUAAAAGCGGUUUAAAAAAGCUCUUUCAAUGGCAAUAUGAUUUGCUUAUAAAUGAUAAGAUAAGAUAUCCAUUAUCAUCGAAUUUGCUUUAUUCAGCACCAACAAGUGCUGGCAAAACGAUUGUCGCUGAAAUUUUAGCAUUGCAUACGAUAAUUGAGACAAAUCGCGCCGCUCUUUUUGUAUUUCCAUUUAUUUCAGUGGCCAAGGAAAAAUUCCGCAAUUUGCAGAAAUUAUGGCGUAAUUUUAAUUUACGUGUCUGUGGUUAUAUGGGACCAAAUUCAGCACCAUUGACUGCAUGGGAUACAGCAAUUUGUACAAUUGAGAAAGCCAAUUCAUUAAUUAAUAAAUCAAUUGAUGAGGACGCAUUAGAGAGAAUAAGUGUUAUUAUUAUUGAUGAAUUCCAUAUGAUUUUUGAUCCACAUCGUGGACAAAUUGUUGAAAAUAUGAUCGCAAAAAUUCGUUAUGCUUCCAAAAAACUGAAUAAUCAUAUUCAAAUCAUUGGUAUGAGUGCUACUCUCCCGAAUCUGGAAAAGUUAAGUAAAUGGCUGAAUGCUUUUUCGAUUGCUAGCGAUUUUCGACCUGUUCAUCUCAGUCAAUUAAUUUUAACGAAUAAUACGCUAAAGGAUAUAAAUACUAUGGAGACUAAAAAAAUUUGCAGUUUAUGUAUGGAAUCGUUAUACGCCAAGCAAUCAGUUCUUAUUUUCUGCAGUUCAAAAGCAGAAACCGAAAAAAUUUCCCUGAACUUUGUUUCAUAUAUGAUCGAUGUUGAUUUUGAUUCAAGGAGAUUAUCAUCUUUGUUGGAUUUGGAUCAACUUUCCAUUUUUCUUAAAAAAUUUCAUUCAAGAACACAAUCGAACGAUGAAUUACUUCGCAAAACGAUUCCUUAUGGUGUUGCAUUCCAUCAUGCCGGAUUAACAGUUGAGGAACGUGAAGAAAUCGAAGAUGGUUUUCGCAAUGGCUUAUUGAAAAUUCUUUGCGCGACCUCAACAUUAAGUUCGGGUGUUAAUUUGCCGGCUCAAAAAGUAAUUAUAAAAGCUCAAUUUAAUGGUCCUCUUGCUCUAUCAUCAAUAACAUAUCACCAAAUGAUUGGUCGCGCUGGUCGCUUAGGCCAAACGGUAGAUGUUGAUUUCCUUUCGAAGAAACUUGACAUCGAUGUAAUAGCUAAUUGUUCAGCUAAGUAG